UAAUUUGGAGCCGAGUUAAUGGCCCAAUCUCACAAAUCAGCGGCGCUGACUCAAACAGAGAGAAAGAACGAAUCUUGGCCCUUUUCUUAAAAUUUGAACUCUUUUUUCUUUAAUAUUUACACUGAAAAAGCUUCAAACUUGGUUUGCUUUGAAGCUUGAUUCAGGGUUUUAGGGUUUUUAUUACUAUCUUUAUUCUGAAUUUGUUUAAUUUUUAUUUCCUUGGUUCUUUGGGAUUCAAUUUUAAAGCCUGCCAUGAACGGGGAGGAGUUGACAGAGCAGGAGACUGCUCUCUAUGAUAGGCAAAUUAGGGUUUGGGGUGCUGAUGCUCAAAGAAGAUUGAGCAAAUCUCAUAUACUAGUUUAUGGAAUGAAAGGGACUGUUGCCGAGUUUUGCAAGAACAUUGUACUGGCAGGAGUUGGUAGUGUGACAUUAGUGGAUGACCGUGAAGUCACCGAGGAAGCUUUGUCUGCAAAUUUCUUGAUACUUCCUGAUGAAAAUCUGUACCAUGGGAAAACUCUCGCUGAGGUCUGUUGUAAUUCUUUGAAAGAAUUCAACCCUAUGGUUCAUGUUUCUGUAGAAAAAGGUGACAUAUCAACCUUUGGUGUUGAAUUCUUUGGAAAGUUCGAUGCCGUGGUUGUCAGCUGCUGCUCUCUUGCGAAAAAAAAAUUGAUCAAUCAGAAGUGCCAGAAGUUACCAAAGCGUGUAGCUUUUUAUACGGUUGACUGUAGAGGCUGUUGUGGUGAAAUUUUUGUCGAUUUAAAGGACUAUAAAUAUUCAAAGAAAAAACUUGAGGAAACUGUUGAAUGCCAACUAGAAUUCCCAAGCUUUGAGGAUACUAUUUCAGUACCUUGGAAAGCACUUCCGAAGAGAGUGUCAAAGCUUUACUUUGCUAUGAGAGUGAUAGAGCAAUUUGAAGAUGCUGAAGGUCGUAAUCCCGGGGAAACCUCAAUUGCUGAUCUUCCUGGUGUUCUGAAGCUUAGAAAGGAACUUUGUGAAACAAAUUCAGUGAACGAGUCUCAAAUACCCGAUGCACUCCUAGAAAGACUGCUAAUAGGUACAAGUGAGUACCCUCCAGUUUGUGCCAUCAUUGGAGGAAUACUCGGACAGGAGGUGAUCAAAGCAAUAUCAGGCAAAGGAGAUCCUCUCAAGAAUUUCUUCUUCUUCGAUGCCAUGGAUGGGAAAGGCUUGAUAGAGGACAUAUCUGAGCCUAAACCAGUUAGCUGAGCUACUUUGAUCGAUGAGGGUUUGUGUAUGUAACUUUUUCACCUCGUUCACUUGAACUAUUACCAUGGGGCGAAGCUAAGUUGAUGUUGAAUGCUUUAAUAGGAUCAGCUAACAUUCUCACCUACUGAUUUUGUUGCCUAAAACCGAAACUCCGGGAAACUUGAAACUGGUAAGCUGUUUUAGAGACUUUGGAGACAACAGUGUUGCUAAUGAAUCAUGAUUUUUGGAAA